UCUGGCUCGGCGAGCGGCGGGGAGCGCCUGCCCGCUCCCCCGUGCCCUGCGCUGCCUGAAGAGCCGCGGCAGCACCGGGGAGUGACUCGGCAGGGGGAGGAGAAGAGGAGGAAGAGAAAUCAGACUGCCGAAGGGAUUAGGAAGGGGGGUGGGGAGGCGAAGCCCUCUCCCCCCCCCCUCCCCUCCCCGCACACACUUGUGAGGGUUUUCAGAGUUACCCUUCAGCAUCAGUGGCACCGGCAGGCGAGCCUGGGGGAGCUGCGACACCGAAACGUGCUCGGCAAACUGCGAGAGGGAUCAGGGAGCGCAGCGGCCGGGAACGGCCCGGGCCGGCGGACCCUGCCCCGGCCCCUGCCCGCACCCGCGGGGGACUGCACUUCCCGUCUGCCAGAUUGUGUGGUUUUUUUUUUUCAUUUUUUCCCCUUUUUUUUAAUUUUUAUUUUUUUCCCUGCUCCUCGCGCUUGCUGGAGGAAGGACGGGUGCGCGAACUGCGGGACCGCCUGCCCUGGGCGUGCGAGGUGGGACGAGAGGAAGAGAUGCCUCUGAUUAGAGGGAAAGUCGUGCUCAUCCUCGGCUUCGUCUUUCUGACAACUUUCCUGGCUUCUGUGAGAGGACUGCCCGUGAGGAAGCAGCGCAGCAACAGCCCGAAGGAGAGGAGCUCCAAGCUGGCGGAGGUGUCUGCCUCAUCCGACCCCCGUUCGGCAGGGGAUGAGGAGCUGCCGCCGUCAGGCAAGGCUCGGGGGCUGAGGCGGAGCGGGCAGGCUGGCCCGCGGCGGCACAGGCGCCGUGGGGUGGCUCAGCAGGCUGCCAGGAGCCCAGCAGAGCCCCAGCCCAGCAGCACGGGCCAGGAAGAGAGCCUGCCCUUCGUGCUGGACCUGCAGAGCUUGCCGGGGCUGGCCAACGUGGACUUGAGUGCCCAGAACCCCAACAUCCAGGUGACCAUUGAAGUGGUGGAUGAUCCUCAGGCUGAGAUGGAGAUGGACUUGUUGAAGGAGACAAGCAAUGACUGGUCUCUGACAUCCCCUGAGUGGCUGUCCCACAAGGACCUCUUCUGGCCCCUCUUCUGGGAAUACACUGACCCUGCUGAAGAGGAAGAGGAUGAAGAAGAGGAUGAUGAUGACAACCUGAAUGUAGGGGACAAGGAGGAUGAAGAGGAGGAAGAUUACACAGCAGAGUAUGAGGAGGAGGAGUCCAUGCUCAGUGGAGUGGGAGGUGACUGGGACCAGCGGUGGCCCAGGCAGAAGAACUGGAUCUUUAAGGAAAAAUAUAAUUACGACUAUGAAGAUGAGGAGGAGUGGAGCCCAUGGUCCCCUUGCAGCAUCACCUGUGGCAGUGGCAACCAGAAGAGGACCCGGUCCUGUGGCUAUGCCUGCACAGCGACAGAGUCAAGGACCUGCGACCUGCCGCGCUGCCCUGGAGCAGAGGGGGAAAUGGUCUUCCCCACAGAGGAGGUGCCUUUCAAAAAUGACAACACCACAGAGCUCUUCAACUCAGAGGUGGACAGCUGUGAGAAGUGGCUGAACUGCAAGAGUGACUUCCUCACCAAGUAUCUGAGCAAGGUGCUGACGGACCUGCCCAGCUGCCCCUGCUCCUACCCGCUGGAGGCCGUCUACAGCGCCGUCAACCUGCGGGAUGAGCAGCAGGGCAAGAGCUUCCGAUGGCGGGAUGCCAGCGGCCCCAAGGAGCGCCUGGACAUCUACAAGCCAACGGCACGUUUCUGCCUGCGCUCCAUGCUCUCCCUCGACAGCACCACCCUGGCUGCCCAGCAUUGCUGCUAUGAUGAGCACACCCACCUCAUCACCCGUGGCAAGGGGGCCGGUGUUCCCAACCUCAUCAGCACUGAGUUCUCCCCAGAGCUGCACUACAAGGUGGACAUGCUGCCCUGGAUCCUCUGCAAGGGUGACUGGAGCCGCUACCAUGCUGUCCGGCCCCCCAACAACGGGCGACGGUGUGCUGACAACCCCGCCGAGGAGGAGUACCUCUCCCAGCUGCAGGAGGCCAAGGAGUACUAGCUAUGGCCACGCUCAGAGGAGCCGGGGCCACUGCUGGCCCCUACCCUGGCCCAGCCUGGUGAAGCCCCAGCCCUGCUCAUGGGCUCCUUGCUGGUACCGGGCAGAGCGGGGAGGAUGCAGCAUCCCUCUUGUCCCCUCAGAGGGGUGCCUUGGCCUCCCUCGGAUUUCUGAGGGUGCUGGAGGUUAUUGCAGUGCAAUCCCUGCUGUGCCACCCGGAGCAGUCCUGCAUCCCAGGGUGCCUGGGCUGGCACGUGGGGAGCCGCAGAGGAUGGAAGGUGUAAAGGGAAUGGGGGCUGCUCCCAUCUGCUGUGAUCUUUUACUGUGAUCUUUCAAUGCAACCUGAAAGCUGAGCAUCUGCAGGGUGAAAUGUCCUCAUUUCCUGUUGGCUCCACAGCAGAUCUGAGGAGCUGGCCUGCCACAGGCAGAGCUAUCUGCUCUUGCCUGUACACCUGCCCCAGCACACGCUGGGCUACUUCUGAAACGGGGUGGGAGCUCCUGGGGAAGGGCAGGACUGUCCCAGCUGCAUGUACAGAGGUACAGAGUGUGGCCGACCUUCUUGGGUUUUUGCAUGCUUGGUUGGGAAGGAGCAGGGAGCAAGCCCUGCUCCGUGCUGUGUCUGCCCAGGUCCCCAGCAAGAGGCAGCCCAGAGAAUGCAGGUCAUGGGCAAACCCUGCACUCCUCAGUCUGGCUGCCUGGCCACGCAAGCAAGUGUGGAUCUAAAGGCAAAAGAAGCCCACCUGCUAAUAAUGUCAACACAUGGUGUCUGCAAAUCAUGCAUCAUUAUGCUCUCCAUUAGCACUUUGGUCUUGCCUGGGUUUUAUUCAGCUUUUCACAGGUCCAUGGCAGUUUUGGGAGCUCCCAAGUUUCCCACAGAGAAAGUAAGCUGAGCACCUUUAUCCCUGGACAUUCAGUCACUGACCCUGGCAGAAACUGUUCAUAGCUUUUAUUUAGCAAAUUUUAUGCAUCAGAGGAAAUAAAAGAGCAAGUCAAGCACGUGUAAAGAAGAAUGGAGUCAUUUCUAGACUAGAGGUUUAACCCAAGGGUGUCGGCUACUCCCAUGUUUUUCUGCAGGACACUGUUGGGGAAAAAAAACAAAUCUGUCUAGGUGCAGAGGUCCUUGGUUAACUGUCCUAUGCUAAAUCUGUCCUUCUUGCGGGAGCUUUCUCCAGGCCAAUGAAUAUCCACAGUCUGAUAGCUCUUAGGGGAAUCUUUCUGGGAGUCUUAUAUAUACUGAGCGUAUGUUGAGCCUUUUGCCUUGGUUACUGAUAGAAUAUUGCAUCCUUGGUCAUCAGUGCCUAAGAUUUCAUUGCUGAUAAAACAAAAGUAUUAAUGAGGUUAUCACUGAGUUACUAGUAUUUAACUAUUAUUCCACACUUGUAUCCCCAGACUCCUGUUAUGGGUGCUGUUAAAACACAGGCAGACACUCCCAAUUUCCCAACAGGCAUGCAGCCUGAGAUGACCAGUGUCAUGGAAAGAGUGAGGAGGAAGACAUAACCACAUAAGCAUGGAUGGAGACCCAGACGCUGGUAAAUUUUCAUGACCAUUGCAUUACAUGUUUCCUGGCCCAAAUGGUCAUUUGCUCACUAGCUUCUGCUGAAGUAGUAGGUCAUAAAUAGGUGGUGAGGCAGGGGUGACAGUGGCUUGGUGGCUUGGUUCUGGGAGCCUGGGACAUGUGCAGGGAGGCUCAGCCACAGACAUAGAGGUGUUAUAUGGGAAGCAGACAAAUUGAGCAGUUGAAACCAUAGAAGGAUGAGCUUGUUUUCCUCUGUCAUUCAGCAGAGCAUUUUCAUAUUUCCUCUCCCAUUUCAUAACGUUGUAAUUAAUGUCAGAAGAUGGUCAGAGAAGCUUGUUUACCCUCAGUGCAUGGACUUCUUUAAAACAACUUCCCAUUAAAUGUGCCUAGUGUCCAGUACUGGACACACGCAUGGAAGCAGGACCUCUGCAACAGCCUUUCUUGAAGGAGACUUUCAAUUACUGAGCCAAGUCAUUUGUUAGACUGGUACUCUCUGAAGAAGUGCUUUUAUAGUAAGAAGUUACCCAAGAUUUGCACCUUCCUCCUCUCUAUACUGGGUAUGUCAACCAGUCUAACCCCUAAAAAAGAAACUAUAAUUUUGUGAUAAAUUGAGUUCCCAUCCAAGGGCAAGUAGCAAAAUUUGUGUUGCGUCCCCCCAAAACCAAACAAACUAACAACAAAAAAAACCCCACAAAAAACCCAAACAAAAACUGGUUGAAUGCCAAGUGGCUGUUCUGCCUCAUUGCGUCUAUGGUUUGGAUGAUACAGGCAUGAACUGGAGCAUGAGAAACAAGCAGCAGUGUUGUUCCUCACACAAGCACCUUACACCCCAGGAGGCUUUGCAGGGGCACCAUGAGAAUAGUAAGACAUAACCAAGUGUUUAUUUUUAUAUCCUAUCAAAGAUUCUGUCCAGCCCGCUGCUAUUUAAGUGAUGAAUCUCUAACCUUCCACUCCUUAAUUUUAUUGUGUUUUUUAUAUAUAAUAUAUUAAAAAAUGUCUUUUAUUCCUAAAAAAAAAAAUUAAUUGAGAAGAAUUCUUUAUUCUGAUGCUGCAAUA